AUGCCGGGACCUGAUGUAAGAGCCAAUGAAAAUGUCCUCGGCGAGAUGUCGACAGAGCCCACAGCGACUGUGCAUAGUGGUGUAGAAGCUAAAGCUGAAAGAAAACUUACUGUACUUGAGUCACAUGGUUAUGUACUUGGUCGGACGAUAGGGUCUGGGUCAUACGCCACUGUCAAGGUUGCAACAAGCGACAGACACAACUGUCAAGUGGCGAUUAAAAUAAUAAGCAAGUUCCAAGCGCCAGGCGACUAUUUGAAGAAGUUUCUGCCUAGAGAAAUAGAAGUCGUUAAAGGUCUCAAACAUGAGAACUUGAUACGGUUUCUUCAGGCGAUAGAAACUACACACAGGGUCUAUAUUGUUAUGGAAUAUGCGGAAAAUGGCAGUCUCCUGGACAUAAUACGUAAAGACCAGCAUAUAGACGAAGUUCGAGGACGUCGCUGGUUCCGCCAACUUGUUGAAGCAGUGGACUACUGCCACGAGAGAGGAGUUGUUCAUAGGGAUAUAAAAUGCGAGAACUUGCUUAUGGACCAUGGCCUAAACAUAAAACUGUCGGAUUUUGGUUUCGCACGAGGACACAUGAAGCCGAAGAAUGGUGUUUAUGCGCUCAGUGAGACAUUCUGCGGGAGUUAUGCAUAUGCUUCACCUGAAAUCCUGAAGGGUGUGCCUUAUAGGCCACAAGACUCGGACAUAUGGAGUAUGGGAGUGGUGCUGUACGCUAUUGUGUAUGGAAGGCUGCCUUUCGACGAUACGAAUUAUACGCAGUUGCUAAAGCAAGUGCAAAACAAAGUGUCAUUUCCUCGUGAGCCGAAAGUGUCAACCGACUGUCGCAAGUUAAUCACUAAAAUCCUAGCUCCGCUCAAAGUGCGCGUCAAGAUACCACAGAUCUUGGCAGACACUUGGAUCAAUCCAAACCAACCAGCCAAGGAUGAAGAGGUAGACACUACACAGGAAAACGCGCAAGUCAGCAAAGAAGAAAUAAAAAGCGUGAACAUUGGUACUGUAACUUUCGACAGAAAAUUAGAGGAAGUGAAAUAAUGAAAAGAAACAAAAAUAAACCAAAUUAUUUAAAUAA